AAGGACUCAAACGACACAAUGGACUGGGGAUCGCUUCAGGCCAUUUUAGGAGGUGUAAACAAACAUUCCACCAGUAUUGGAAAGAUCUGGCUGACUGUCCUAUUCAUCUUCCGUAUUAUGAUCCUUGUUGUUGCUGCAGAGGAAGUCUGGGGUGAUGAGCAGGAUGAUUUUGUCUGCAACACUCUGCAGCCAGGGUGUAAAAAUGUCUGCUAUGAUCACUUUUUCCCCAUUUCUCACAUCAGACUCUGGGCUCUUCAGCUCAUUUUUGUCUCUACUCCUGCUCUCUUGGUAGCCAUGCACGUGGCAUACAGAAGACAUGGAAAGAAAAAGAAGUUCAUAAAGAAAGAGGGAAAAUGUGAAUAUAAGGACUUGGACGAAAUAAGAAGACAAAGAUUUCGUAUUGAGGGCCCUCUCUGGUGGACAUACACAACCAGCAUCUUGUUCAGGCUGAUCUUUGAAGCUUCCUUCAUGUAUGUGUUUUACUACAUGUAUCAUGGGUACCACAUGCCUCGCCUACUCCAAUGCAGAGCUUGGCCUUGUCCCAAUGUAGUGGACUGUUUUGUUUCCCGACCCACUGAGAAGACUGUCUUCACCAUUUUCAUGAUCUCAGUGUCUGCCAUUUGCAUUAUAUUAAAUGUAACCGAGUUUGGUUAUUUGGUGGCAAAGUUUUGUAUUAGAAGGUCUAGAAGAGCAGCAGCCACCGGGCAUCAUCCCAACCAUGAGAACAAAGAAGAAAGUAAACAAAAUGAAAUGAAUGAGCUCAUAUCUGACAGCUGCCAGAAUACAGUAACAGGAUUUCCAAGCAGCUAAGAUGACCACAAGUCUACCAUGCAUACAAUAUGGAAGAAAUAAAUGGCCAUAUUCGUAGGCUGCCCAUGAAAGCGAUUAAACUUAACUAUGCAGUAAUUUAAAUGGAAUAAACAUGAACGUUACAUCAUGUUUGAAUUAGGCACGUGCUAUAUUUUUAAAAGGUCAAGGACAGCGUAAGAAUAUAUCGAGUAUUAAAGAAAUACAUAAUCUCAUGCAUAUUCUUAUAAAAUCAACUUUGAUUUGUUAGAAGUUGAUAUUUUUAGUGCCUUCAUGCUGAGAUAGAUCU